AUGGCAGUUACCGAGUCCAAGCCAGUAGACAACCCGUCACCAGCCACCAACGGCGACAAGAAGGCCGCAGCUGAGACAAAGACCGAAAAUCCAAGUAAUGCUGAGCCUGGUCAGCCAUUAGCACCACCACCGAAACCAGGCGAGAACGGCGGCGAUUACUUUUCGAGCAAACUGAGUCUCGAACCUAACCCGUUCGAAGAAUCGUUUGGCAGCGGGGGGACUGUUGAAACCCCAGGCGGGACUAAGUUGCCCAGCGUGGCUGCCUUAACAUCACCCUCAUCUCUGCUACCAGGGAACGGUGUUAGCACGCCGUUCAACUGGGGUGGAGGGUCUCUUAGGACGGGACCUCUCAGCCCAGCCAUGCUCUCUGGUCCCGCGAAUGAUUAUUUUGGCGACACAUCACACUCGUUGCGAAGUGGUUUUACACCAAACGAGAGCUCUCUGCGUACUGGCUUGACUCCUGGCGGCAGUGGCUCCAUGUUCCCUGCCGCAAGUCCCAACUCCACAGCACUAUUCAACCAACUCGCUAGCGGUACUGCGACGCCAGGGACACUCGAGUUCCAACGGACCGCUCUGAACGCCGCUGCCAAAGCGACGCGCAACAACGGCAGUGUAAGCCAGCAGGCCAUCACAUCUCAACCACAAGAGACUGCCGCGAACGGCGUAGCCAUCAAGUCUGAAGCCAAGCCUGUGCCUGGCGCCUUCGACCCUCACGAUAACGACGCUGCGAACGGAUUGUUUAUGCUGGCACAAGGAGCACAGCAAAGAAACGGCGCGCCAACGUCAAACCAACAAUACCCCGUCGGUGGAAAUCAAUCUGUACACGCUCACCCGCCGCCAUCUAACCACGCCAACACAUCACCUCAGAUGAACGGCAACGGUUCUAUUGGCGCCUCAUCUGUACGCGGUGUAAGUGAGGCGGCCAGUGGUGUAUCCGAGGACAUGGAGCACACACGACCAGCUCGAGGCAAGAAACGAGGGUCCACUGCUGGCGCUACAAAUGGUAGGCGAAAGGCAGAGGAGGCACCCGUAAAGCAGCCAGCAGCCAAGAAGGCCAAGACAUCUGCCAUUCCACCGCCUCCGACAUCUAUAAACGGUGAUGAGGGACAUACCUCUGAUGAAGACGGCGAAGAUGGUGAGGAUGAGGACGGAAAGCCCAAGUCCAAGAUGACCGAUGAAGAGAAGCGCAAGAAUUUCCUGGAACGGAACCGUGUCGCUGCAUUGAAGUGCCGUCAACGCAAGAAGCAAUGGCUCGCUAAUCUCCAAAAUAAGGUUGAGAUUUUCAGCAGUGAGAACGACGCUUUGACCGCACAGAUCUCACAGUUGAGAGAAGAGGUUGUCAACCUGAAGACGCUGCUGCUCGCGCACAAAGACUGUCCCGUAACGCAACAGCAAGGCCUGCAUGGUGCGUUCAUGCAACAAGCCAUGGAUACUUACAACCCACAAAUGAACCCGUACGGAAUGGGUGCGCCGCCCAUGGGUGGCAACCAACCCGUCAUGGCCGGACAGCCUCGACGCUAUUCGUAG